UUUGUUUCUGUUUUUCUUGUUUUAUUUUCCCCUCUACAAUUAUUGUCACUCUGUUUCCUCUGUUUUUCUUGUUUUCUUCUUAGUUUCUGCUAUUCCGAGUUUUUCCUUGAAAUUGUUAAACAAAAGAAACAAUUUUUUUUAUCUGUUUAUCUUUUCUUUUGUUUUUGCUAUUGUUUUCUUGAUUCAAACGUUUGGUUCUCUGACUUUUUUUUUUGAAUUUAAUGCCAUAGAUUUAUUUUGAAAAAUCCAGUAACAAUCAAGUUUUAAGUCAUGGCAAUCUUUAAAUCGGAUCAAGAACUUGUAGUUUUGUUUUACUCUGGCAAAGUAAUAUCUAUUUUCUAAUCUGUGGUUCGUUUUGUUUAAAAAAUAAUGGGAGAAUCAAGUGAAAACAGAAAGAAAAGUAGAGAAAUGCACAAUCUUUCAUUACAGAUAGAGAAGUAUCCAAGAGAUCUGCUGCAGAGAUUUAUGUCAGCCAGUGACACACAACAAUCGCAAGUACAUACACCAACUUCUCAUAACGAAGAAAAAGCUGAAGAAAUCGAGCUAAAUCUCGGGCUAUCGCUUGGUGGACGAUUUGGGGUUGACAAAAAUGCGAAGAAAAAGCUGCUUCGAUCCUCAUCUAUAGCAGGCUCAAUACCGAUAUUUAGAGAAUUCGAUAUCCCCGCAACACUGACAACGGCAUCAACUACAGCGGCGACUGCACAGUCUGUAAUGUAUCCUGCACUUACAAGAGCCUCUUCGUUGCCGUCCGAGACAGAAGAGGAGUGGCGGAAGAGAAAGGAGUUGCAAUCUUUGAGAAGAAUGGAAGCAAAGAGGAGGAGAAAUGAAAAGCAAAGGAAUUCUAGUUCAAAUCCUAGUGGAAAUGUGAAAGUGGAUAGAGCGGAGAUGAAUAUGGAGGAAGAGAAUCAGGUUUUGGUGGCUAAUAAGGCGGCGGGACAUCCUUCAGGAAUGCAAAGCUGGGCUUCAGCGGCCAGGCACACCUUGCUUGCCAGUGGAGUAAAAGGUGGUGGUGGGUUCUUGCAAGUGUUAGUGCAGUCUAGUUCGCAAGGGUCUGUGGAGUCUCAAGGUGGGAGUUCAUCCGGCAUGUCUGAGUUGGAAGGUAAACCUAUUCAAGGAUCAAGCAGUGGUGGAGAGGCAAGAAGCCCUGCUAGUACUCGGUCCUGGCAAGAUCGAAGCAGUCAAGAGAUCGCAGGUUCUUCAGGGACAAAUACAAACGAAAAUUCCGGGAGAAGUUCCAUGACAGCAAUGGAGAAUCCACCCAAGAAACUUGAAUCCUCAAGUAGUGGGAUGAAGGCAUAUGAAGAUAUGCCUUGUGUAUUCACCAAAGGAUCUGGGCCUAAUGGAAGAAGAAUAGAUGGCAUUCUAUACAAGUAUGGAAAGGGAGAAGAAGUGAGAAUAAUGUGUGUAUGCCAUGGCAGUUUUCUAUCUCCGGCAGAGUUUGUCAAGCAUGCAGGUGGUGGUGAUGUCGACCACCCACUUAGGCAUAUUGUAAUAAACCCUUCCCCUACUCCCUUUUCAUGACUUAAUCUGUCCAAGCUACCACCCCUCUGAAAAUGGGGAUGUAAAUAGAGUAAAAUAACAAAGAGAGAAUCUUAGAAAUUAGUCCUUUUCAAGUUCUUGAAAAGGAACUUGAUUUAACUGUUUCUCUGGUUUUGAGUGACUUCUUCUAAUGCAUCUCUUUGGAGGCUUUCUGCA